GGAAGGCACAUACAGUGAAAGCAGGAGAAUGUGUAGGCUGUCAUUAAUCUUCACUCAGUGACUCUGACUCCAGAAAAUGAAAAUGAACCUGCCUUGACGAUAAGCACAUUUUUCAUUACAGUUGUUCUUUCAUUCGCCAUGGCUAGACCAGUUCUGUUUUUUAUCUCGGUAGUAAACAGCAUACUUGUGGUUUUCAUCCUCCUUGUACCUGUAGCUACACAAGGUCAGAUUGCUUCGUGUGUCCCUGAAAUCAAAGUUCGGAAGAACACUCUUUACACGGCCUCCAGUGAAAGCAAGUUAAACAUCUCUUGCCCUGUGACAUAUUGUGAGGAGAUUCCUGCUGUUGGAUGGAUUAAAAUUGAUAAUAAAAACAAUUUUAUACGCAUCAGUGGAACAAAUCAAGUAACAAUUACACAAGAACAAACAGGAUUAAAAGACAUUACCUCACACAUGAUCUUCUGGAACAUAUCAACAGAUGAUAAUGGCAUUUACAGAUGUAUGAUUUCCGCAUCUAACUUUUCAUUAGAGAGCCACAACAUUAAUGUGAAUGUUUCAGUUUCCAGCUACACCACCAAUACAACUAACCCUGAUAGAUUUACAGAGAAGCUGCCAAGCUGGCUUCUGUAUGUCUUCAUCUGCUCAGGAAUACUCGGCCUGGUCAUGAUUGUGAUGUUGAUCUCUUUCCUGUGCAUAAAUCGAUGUUCAGGAAAAGCUAACAGCCGCAGACACAAAAAUGCAACAUUCUGUCCAAAGCCACUGAGCGCCACCACAUCAGGAAAGUCCCAGGAAAUUCCAGAAGAGCAAAGUAACAUCUAUGAUACGCCUACAGAUGAUUUAUAUUCAGACGCUCUGUAUACAGGGGCCAGUCAGGAAUGCACAGCGGUCAUGGGGAAUGGAAACCGGAGUGGUGACGGGUCACAGCAGAUUGUAUACGCCACUCUUCAACAUCCCACAGCCCAAAAACCUUCUGCAGUCCGCCAACAAUCAAGAGAACAGCUAUCAGAGUAUGCAUCCAUCCGAAUUGGCUAAAAACCUCUGGGUGUAAUUUGGGAGAAUUUCAGAAUUUCAAUCCAUGUUUAAGAAGAAGGGAAAUCAGAAGUGGUGUAAGCACUGUGAUAUGCAAAACAGGAGUUGUAGUUAUUGAAAAGUGUUCUCAGAGCAGAACAUAUAAUUGGACCCUUUCCAGAGUAAAAGAAUUUCCAAAGGCCCCACUUAUGAUCACAGCACAGGUUCUACUCAUUCAGAUGUAGAUAUUAUA